CUCACACAAAAAAGCCAUUUCCUGGACUCUCUCUCUCUUCUCUCUCUCCUCAACAUGAGCUCAAGGCAAAGGCGCCCGUUCACCAGAGCGACGAAGAAGAAGAAGAAGCAAACGAAAAGUAGAUCGGAGAAACAAUACAGAGGAUUUUGCCGAGCGCAAAAGAACUGCACGAGAACAACCGUCGGUGGCGGCGCGUGCACUACCAUUUCCGACAAGCUUACGGCACUGAAAAGCCUGAUUCCGAUUCAAGACACCGAAAUUCUCAAAUCCGAUCAGUUGUUUCAAGAGACGGCGAACUACAUUGUCCGUCUCAAGGCACAAGUCUUCGUUCUUCAGAAGUUAGUCGACUUUUACGGUUCUAAUGAUGCCGAUGCCGCACUUUCCAAAUGAAAGAGAGAGGUUGCCUACUUUUCCCUCCGAUUUCUCUACUUUAAUUAAUUAGUUUUUGAAUCCUCGAUCGGAUUCGAUCGAUCUCUUCAACUGAUGAUCCAGAUAGAUAAGUUAAUUAGUGCCCGCUGAACAAACGAAGUUAGUUUUCCAUUUUCUUCUUCUUCUUCUACCUUUUACUUCAUUCAUAUAAAAAUUAAGUUAAAUCUGUAUGCUUA